GUCAACUAUAUUGCUCCGCAGAAUCUCCGAGACAGCUAUACCAAGCUAUACCAACCCCGUCUCUGAUGCAGGUGGCACCGUUGUACAAGAGCUUAUAUCCAUCUCCGAUGUCGCGUGACUUUGCCCCGCUCCACGUUGUUUCCUGUAUGCAGGCUACAUCGACUGCCGUCUCUUCAGAAGAUCUGCUAACUCACGAGAACGAGAGGUGCACGAUCGACACCCAAGGGCCGGCACAGAUCGUCUGGAAGCAGCCUGGACUCGUUCAUGGAACAGAAAGCAAAGAGGAUAUCGUUUUUGCGGGCUCCGGAGCGGAGCAGCCGGAAAAUGUG